GUCGAGCGGUGGACACUUGAUCCUGGGUAAUGUCAUCAAGAAGGAUGGUGAAGUGGGGGAGCAUGUGGACGACGCCUGGGGCACUGGGAGUGGCGACACAGGAGCAAAGGUACGCGGUGCCAUUCAGACAGGCAAUGCCAAGCUGGCGCUGGACCGAGGUGAGAAGGGUGACACCCUUGGUGGCUCCAUGUGCAUGGACGAUGUCAGGCAGACUAGAGCCGACGCUGGGCUAGGUGGGCUCGAGGUAGACAACUCUAGCAGAUGUGAGCCAGGUGAAGGCCAUGCCAGGGCGAGAUCUAGGGGAUCACAGGCACUGAGGACAACGUUGGUGAGGGAGAUGAUGAUGCCAAUGUAG